AUGGGCCCCCCCGAUUACUCCUCUAGGCGUAAGACCCAUGCGUGCAGCCCGGCUAGUGCUUUUAGACUCCGGAACUUCAUUUUGAGAGAUCAUAUAUCUGGAGGAAUCUUUUGGGAAAGCUUUGAUUAUCCCUGUGAUACUUUCUUACCUAAAAUGAUGAUAGGAUUCGACAAAGGAGGAGCUUAG